AUGAUCGAUGUCGCAUAUGCUUAUGUUAGUUCCAGGAUUAGAGGAAAUGAGCUCAAGUAUGUCCAGAAUCUCUCAAAGCAAGGCUACACAUUGAACACAUCCGUCAUCGGUCACAAUUUGACCCUUGUCUUUGAGCCAUCUUCCGUUCAGCAUAUCUUGGUCAAGAAUUUCGAGAACUAUCCCAAAGGAGCUGCAUUCCACAGAGCCUUCUCUGCAUUUAUGGGUACUGGUAUCUUCAACGCUGACGGGGCAGCAUGGAAGAAUCAGCGUGCGAUUGCACGCCCUCAUUUCCAGGUUACGGAGUACAAAGGAGCCGCCCAUAUCGAAACACAAAUUAACCAAGUCUUUGGUAUCCUUGACAAGGCGAUUGAAGCCGGGGACAUACUUGAUGUACAAGAUCUCUGGUCCCGCUACACAAUCGAUACAGCGACUGGUUUCUUGUUCGGGGCCUGUGCCAAUGCAUUGGAUGUUCCUCAAUCCAAAUUCGUCUCUGCAUUCAACUACACACAAAAGAUUUGUGGUUGGAAGAUCCGUCUAUGUGAUUACCAAUCACUUAUAUACGCACCAGAAUUCCCACAGAAGAUCAAGGACAUGGACGCGUUCUUGAUGCCAAUUGUCGAUCAAGCCGUCGCUAAGGAGAUCAAGCGUCGUGAAGAUGGCAAACUUGGAGAUGCGAAUGAGGAUCGUCAUGAGAACUUGCUAACACAUUUCUUGAACUCUGUGGACGAGAAUGGCAAGCCCUUCGAUCGAAUCUAUCUCCGUGACAUGUUGAUGAACUUCUUGUUGGCUGGCCGUGACACCUCGACGAACCUGUUGAGCUUUAUGUGCUACCAUCUGGGCAAGUAUCCUGAUGUGAUGGAGCGUGUUCGUCAAGAGAUCUUUGAGGUCGUAGGUCGUGACCGUAAGCCUGAACAUGAUGAUAUCAAGAGGCUCAAGUUCUUGAAACAGGUCAUCAACGAGACCUUGCGUCUCUACCCUGCUGUGCCCUUCAACAUCAAGACCUCCUUGGAGGACGAUGUUCUUCCCAAUGGUUACUUCGUUCCCAAGGGUUCGAUAGUCGUUCACUCAUCCUAUGUCACUCACCGUAUGAAGGAAUACUGGGGUGAGGAUGCAGAAGAGUUUGACCCUGACCGCUGGGGCCCAGAGCGUGUCAAGAUCAUUAGGCCCUUCAUGUUCUUCCCCUUCCAUGCUGGUCCACGUAUUUGCUUAGGCCAGAACUUUGCUUACAACCAGGCUAUGAACACCUUGACUCGUCUCAUCCAACGCUACACAUGGAGGGUCGCUGAUGGCUUCGAACCUAUUCCUGAAUCCGAUAUUACUAUGUACUCUAGAAACGGAAUGCAGAUCAUUUUCGAGAAAUACCGCGACUAA